AAUUGUGAGGAACAGAUAGCAUCUUCACCUUCCUCCUCUCCUCUCCUCAAUCCUGCGAGCAGUCGCCCGGACAGAGAACGCAACAGAGCAACUGUAAGAAAAGAUGAUUAGAACAGCAAUGGAACACGUAAAGAAGCAUCCAGGGCUCAUCCCCCAGUUCUUCUUCAUCUUGUUGGGAAUGGGAGGAGCCUCCUUGUAUUUGGUCCGUCUUGCAAAGGGGCCCCAUGUCACCUGGAACAAGAAGAACAACCCUGAGCCCUGGAAUCAGCUUGACCCUACCUACCAGUACAAGUUUGUGGCCAUCGAUACUGACUACAAGAACCUGAAGAAGGAGGGACCUCAAUUCUGAGUAUCUUCCCUCUAUCCUAACAGCACCAAGUCCAGCCCGAAGAACGUCACUGAAGAAUUCAAAUCUGAGAAGAAUUUGUCUCUCAACACUUCUAAUGUAUACAAAUAUUGGGAGUUUGAUCCAUAAUGUUGAUGAUCAAAUCUAUAAAUGUGUCUGUUUGUUUUAUCAUAAACACUUAAUUGUUAGUUUGACAGCCACUAAAUUUAACCAUGAAUGUGCGCAUUAUGAAAAGAGGCAAGAGUGUGCAUAGAUUUGUUCACCAAAUUACAGUGAACAAAAAUAUAAAAAUGCAACAUGCAACAAUUUCAAAAAUGUUACUGAGUUACAGAUCAUAUAAGGAAAUCAGUCAUUUGAAACAAACUAACCUGGCCUUUUGGAUUCUAGCUUGAAAUAUACUUAUUCAUGUUACCAUACCAGAACUUAGUGAUUACUUUACAUGAUGGGUUGGGAAGGUUACUAUCUAAAUUUAAUCGUUUACAGUUACUAGUUACUUGUCCAAAAUUGUACUCAGUAACAUAAUUUUUGGAUUACUAUUAGAUUACUUUCCCCUUAAGAGGCAUUAGAAGAAGACAAAAUGUAUGUUACCAAUUGAACCAGAUCUAUUGCAGGAUAAAUCCAUGUUGAAGUUUACAUAGCUGGUCAUAUAUGGAUGUUAAAUUUUACUUUAUGGGUUGGUUAUGUAGGUUCUUCUAACCCAUCGCUUUCUACUACAUAUAAUAAUACAAUUAAAUUAUAUAUUUACAUUUAAAAAUCAAAGUCUAUCAGAAUUCCAGACAUUCCAAUAAAUGUUAUACCCCUUGAUCUUCAAGAAUAGGACUUGGAAAUAUGGAAGAAUAGAUUAGCUAAAUAGUUUACCUGAGUGUAACCCCAAAACAAAGGACUUAUUAGCCAGCCCUACACUGUUGUUUAUGAUUCUGUUGUCAUGGAGGACUGAUUGGGCUCAUUAAUAAAUGCUGCUCUCAUGGAAUGGCAUGCUUUAAGCACCACUGAAAAGUGCUAUUUACAUGUGAAAAACGAAUGUCAUAUGCUGCAUUUGCUAUAGGCCUGUUGUGUAACUUUUUUUGUUGGUGACACUUUGAUAAACUUGAAAAUAUGCAGCUGUUUAAAGGGCAAAUCCACAGAUGAAACAAUAACAAAACGGUGCCCCGCCUCUGUUUUGGUAUAAAGCUGAGGGAUGGGCCUGGAUAAAUGUAACCACUCUCAGAUUAAUAGACAGAGCUAUGGAUGCAAGGACUGACCAUCCAUGAUAACAAAAGUAUUGUUGUAACUAUGUUAUGUGGCUAUAUAGUGUUUGUUUACAUUUGCAAUGUUUACAAACACUGGAGAAAAACAAGGUCAUAUUUUGGGUUCUCAUGGAAUGUGAAGCUCAUGAGGCAUUCAUAAGUUAUUUUCUUCAAGAAUCAAUGGGCAUACUGUAUAUGGAUGGAUGUAUUAAUGGAUGUAGCAACUACAGAUUGCCCCUUUAAAUCUAUUUGUUUGAGCAUUUGUUCAUUAGGCCUAUGGAUUGAUUUAUUUUUAAUCAGCAUGAAUUCGAUUGAGCAAUAAAAGCCCCACUUUUAUUCCA